GAUUGGAUCCAGCUGCACCUCUAUACGAAUGGCCUCACACAGAAUCCCUAGACGAAGUUAUUGAUCCCAGCGAUGCCACAUUCGUUGACAUCAUCCACACCAACGCCAGACAUCUUGGAAUGGUGAGUCCCUCAGGACACGUCGACUACUAUCCCAACGGGGGAGAAAACCAACCAGGAUGCGCGUUCUGGAUAUGCAGUCAUCAAAGAGCCGUGGAUUACUGGACAGCUUCAGUGAAGAAUCCAGAGCUAUUCCACGCAUACCCUUACCAUUCUUGGGAUGAAUAUCUCUCCGAAAACGUGAAGAAACUGAAGAGCUAUCCUAUGGGAAUUGCAGCAAGUAAAAGUAUUCCUGCAGGGAUAUAUUAUUUAGAGGUUGGGAAUGAAUUUAGACAGUAUCUGACGUCUGUGAAUAGUAUCGAUGAUAGUUGGAUAUAA